UUUAUGUUGUUGUUAUUGUGAGUUCAAAGUAAGGGGACAGUGGUGGUGCCAUACGUUGUGCUGUCUUAUUGAUAAUGAUGGCUCCACCGAGAAAAGAGAAGGAUGAUAACUCAAAGGAGGAAUGGAUGAGGCGCCUUGAGAGCAGUCUCGCACGAGAAGUGGCCAACUUGAGAGAUCAAUUCUUAAAAUUAGAAAAGAAGAAGAAAUUUUUACAAGGAGAAGCACUGCAGCACCAGGUUAAAUUGUCUUCUGAAGAAUUGGAUUUUAGGACUCUUGGACCCAAAAAUGGAAAUGUGUUCCUUCGUCAAGAACACUUACAGGAAAUGAAGAAACGGUUGGCAGCACAGAAAUUAAUCUCUCUCAGUGAAUUGUCAGAAGUGCAGGUCGAUGUGGAGAGAGUCCUCGGCAUGGAUGAGGUCCCCGGAGUUGACGAGCAAAUCCAAGUGUCAAACAGCAACAAAGAUAAUGAGGCUGGUGUUGUUAAGAAGUGGAAACUGGAAGGGAAGGUGGGAGAAGAGUUUGCCUAUUCUGCCAACUUCUUUGCAAAUUAUAAUGUAGAAAAUCCUGGUGGUGUCAUAAAAGAAGUUACAGACUUACGUGUUAGUUCGGUUAGUGAUGUUGUCAAGAAAAUGAUGGUCCCAGAAAGGGCUCAUCAACCAACAAUUGUUCGGCAAUUUACAAGUGAUCUUUAUUACUUAAAAAUGCUCCAUGAUGAAAGGGAAGACACAGCCCGCUCCUUGCAAAUGGACAUCCCCAAUUUGGAAGUCGUAUUUGCUUUAGAACCCAUGGAGCUGACAUACUUCCUCAAAGAGGAUUAUGAAGUAAAAGUUUUAUGGGCCAUCGUUUGGGACUCUAGAAAUAACAGAUUGAAAUACAGCGUUGCAGUGGACUGUAAAGAUGAAGUAACUGCAAGAUUCAGUAGAGUUAAAGAAGUGUUUCCAUUCCUCAGUGGACGCCAACAACUGGAAACUCGAUAUGAAUUUGUGAUGUUUAAAUAUAUUAAAGCAAAAAAUAUCUUAAGUGGUGAUACAGUUAAGAGGGGGCUGAGUGUUCAUCACAGCAGUGCAAUGUUUAAAAGGUAUAUAUUUCAUAAGCAUGAGGAAAAACACUCUUUUUUUCCUUCAGAAAAUCACUUUUUCUGGGUCCCUUCCCCUCUGAUUAGUCCAAAAUAUUGAGGUUCACAUGUAACUGCAAAAGGCACACAAAAGGAACUGUGAAUUUCAUGAAUGUAUAAACUACACACAAGAUGACUUGUCUGUGUGCUGCCUGUCCAGCGGCAUCACAACACUGAAAACAACAGUUUACAAGAUCAGCCGACUUAGUUGCAGUGAAAGUAUGAUAGUACUGUAAUGGUAUGAUAAUCUGCCACACUAAUGAUGUGUAUAAAUGAACAUGAAACAAGUCUUUCACAGUAACUACUGUACGUACUGUAUAUGAAUCACAACCCAUUGGAUAAUCACAUUUUGGCUUGAAAGUUAACAUUCAUUUCACAAAUUUUCAAAAGUCAGUACACCAAAAUUCCAAAAAAAAUUUUUGAUUCCUUGUUAAAUAACUCAAUACAAGCCAUUUUUUAACUUGCCAACUGGCAUGAAUGACCGAAGAUGUGUUUCAUUUUUAGCAAUCUCAUAACCCCACACUGUCAAUGCUUUAAGGCACACUUUCUGGAUUAUCUCAACCUCUUCCCAAGACAAGUCUUGCUGCCAGUGGACUGGAGCCGUUUUAGAGUCACGAAAAGUACUAGAAACCCCUCCAUACUUCUGCUUAGUGUGUGUGUCCAGGAACUUUUGCACAUUAGGAUGAUAGUUGAGGUGGAAGAAGUUAAACAGUUCUUUAGUCAUGUUAUAAGCUUGGAAAGAAAGGUCUUCAUAACGAAUGACUCUGUAGAAAGAAAAAAAUGAGGGAUUAUAUAAACUAUUGUUCAGUACAGUAUAUCAUUGUGCAUAUAUAUAUAUAUAUAUAUAUAUAUAUAUAUAUAUAUAUAUACUGUAUAUGCUGUUAUUCAUUCCCUGUCAUUGAUGUAUUGUCCAAAACAAGGCCCCAAGAUAUCUUUCUGGUAAACCCCAACUGCUUUACAUAUCUAGCAUUACUCAUCAGUCAUUUUUAAUACUGUAUGAGGAAAAAUAGUGAUAAGUAUUCAUCUUAUCUUCAAAUCUCUUAAAAACCACAUUACCCUAUACUAAUGAGGCAACUUUCCUUGUUGAAGUAAAAGAUGGGAUAAACUUUUUCAUAACUCUUACAACAGAUAUAUAUUUAGAUAUGCUGUAUACAGUAUCAAUGUCUCACAAACCUGAAAGAAUGUGGAAAUCUUCUCCUGAAAACAUGGGCAGUGUUGUAAUCACUGAUCAUGUCAUUACAAAGCCUGGCAGGGUUGUCACAGUCAGGGUAACCUGGGCACCACUUUCGGUGGUGGCGGGACUGUAGGGUACCUCGAGGGUCACGCACCAGCAGUAGCACCUGCACGCCCAGUCUAAAUCAUCAUCCAAUAUUAAUGUCAUGGAAAGCAUAAUUGAUGACUUUGUAUGGGACAUAAAUUGACAUGAACCAAAAUGAAUUACUGUAGAGUUAAGGAUUCAUUUUGAAAUACUGUACUGCAUGUGCAAGUUGAGAAAAUGAACAAGUGUAUGUGGAGUAUACUAUAAAGUACCGUAUAUAUAUUUGUUUUAAGCCUUUCCUGACUUGUUUUACACUAAUAUUUCAACACCUGCCCAUGCUAGUUAAUCCCUCUCUUUGAAGUUUCUGUGUGGGAAGGUGAUACCGUAGAUAGCAUCAAAAUUUUCAUUUACAAGAACCAUAACUCAAAUCACAUGAACACAAUGAUAAAGGGUUUCAUUGUAGUCAUUACUACUGGACAAUAAUGAAUAAGUACACACUUGUAACUUGGAAAAAUCUUAGGGCUCUUGGGACACAACAUUUUAUAUAAGUAUGUAACUAUAAUAAUAUCAGUGAUACCAAAAUUGUAUGCAUUAUGUCACAGUUUGUAGAUGUUACUUGAAGAUUUUUUCAUUGACUGCUACUAAUAAUUUGAUAGUUAAGAACAGCAUAACUUUGGAUGACUGUUAAGCUAUAAUAAAUCUAGUUCAA